AUGGCUGCGAAUCAUUGUGGAAAGAUGCACACGUUUGCCAAUUUGGAAGUACGAAGCAUUCUCCAGAUUGCGUUACAUGGCGCGCGGAUGUGGUAUACCGAGCAUUACCGCCAAAGUGCUGCAAUCAACUAUUCCGAACCAGGCCUGCGGCAGGAUAUUGCAGCCGAUGGGGGCCUUUCUGACGUAUCUCUUGCCCGACUCAGGCUAGCCAUCCAGUCUCUCACGCCUUACUUUGAUGAACAAGCUGAAGCGGACGGCCAAUAUUUCGACACCAUGCCUCAUUUCUUCCAUCGUCCUGACUCUGGGGGCUCUGCUGGUACUCAACCUCUUGUGCGCUAUUAUGGCCUUGAACGCAAAGGUGCUCUUCCUGCUCCUUUUCCUGCUCGAAUCUCGCCGACGGAAGUUCUCACUGUCACUGUAAGCGCCCUCAAUCGCAAAAGUCCCAAGUCUCGCGCUCUCUCUUAUUAUGAACGUGCUCUGCUACCCAUUAUUGCUGGUCUUGAAAGUCUUGUGCGUGCGACCCACAACGCUACUGCGGUUACUGCCACUGCUUCCAAGUUUCGGAAAGGUUUUCCCAAAAUUACUCACUAUCUCAUUCCUCCCCUGAAAGAGCUCAAUUCGACACGCGAUUUGAACGUGCCACUAGGAUCUAUUAAAUGGAUUAAUCUCUUCCCGCAAGAUCAGGAACCGAUCCUUCAUGGGGGCGACGAACUGAUUGCUCGGCUGGAGUCCACUCGGAAUGUGCGGACUUGUAUUCUCAUCUUUCACCCAGGGUGUGAUCCGAGAGGCAGCAUUGUCGCUUGGGUUCCCAUAACAGCAAAACUGUGCGCAACUUCAAUCAUUGGCUACGCGUUUCCUGCCGAUACAACAUUCAUAAAUGGAUAUGAUAUCACUCUUUUCGGGCGACACCACCUCGAUUACAUCAUAGCGAUCACUAUAGGAACACUGCGAAGUUACAACAAUUGGCGCAUUGCUCAUGAAUUUCGUGAAGACCACAUUCCUAGUUUUGACGUUUUAGUCUCUCAAGUAGGUCUUUGUGCAGACGAGGCUUUACGUUUGGCGGAAUUGAUCAAGAGAUCGGACACAUUUCAAAAAAAGGGCCACGUUUAUGAAGGCAAUCCGAAACGCAUUGGUGCCGCCGCUCCUUAUGGCUAUUAA